AUGUUUUGUGUUAGAUUAUUAAUAACGUUAGUCGCUUCAUCAAUCCUGGAUCGAAUUGUGGCCGGGGAAGAUUUCUUUAACAACGAUGAACAUACGAAACACCUACUUAACCACUUAUCAGAAGCGGAAAAGGUGUUAUUUUUUGGCAGUAAUGACGAGUAUCCACAGUUUGAGAUAGCACAUAUAAAACACCAGAAACGACGCAAGCGCUCCUUGUCUAGCCAAGAUCAAGAUCUAAUCACGCUAAAGAAGCAUUUAAACAUGAAGUUGAGCCCACGAAACAGUUUCCUGGACCCACAGUUUCUCUUGAUGAAGAGGUGGUCGAACGGCACCGAAGUUAUCUCGGAUCAGCUAGCAGAUGAAGAACUGGAUGGUUGCUAUUAUAAAAGUGAUAAUGCAGCGCUGUUUGUUUGCGAUGGGCUGCGUGGACUGAUAAAAUCUAACGACAGCUAUUACUACGUACACCCACUGCCCGAGAGAUUUCACAACGAACACACAAAAGCCCACGUAAUUAUUAAACGACAAAUAAAUGAAUCAAGCAACACAAGUGAAAAAAAUGUUACCAGAUGUAUAGAAAGGGAGAAAUUGCGACCGGAUAUAGAAUCACCUGAAACUAGUAAAUGGUCGAAACAUAGACGGAAACGAAGUAUUGACGCAACACCAAAUAACAAUGAUCUUGUUAAGUUUAAAUUAGAUUUAGCACAUAGAAAUAAGACGAUAGGAAGCUUCAUAGAAAAACUCAAAACGGAUGAGAGGAGACAAAAGAGGGCGGUACUGCCAGCGAUUUUUGUGGAAACCGCCGUUUUCGUGGACAGGGAUCUCUACAAGCAUAUGACAGUCAAUUUUCCACAAGAGACUGAGAGGGAGUUAGUCAGAUUUGUGUUAGCAAUGAUAAACGCAGUACAAUUGAUAUACCACGAUCCAAGUUUGGGUAGGCCAGUAAAUUUUAUCCUGAAGAGGCUUGAAAUACUUCACGAGGAUCCUUCCAAUUUGAAGCGACCUCAUGAUAUCGAUAGGUUUCUUAGUAACUUCUGCACGUGGCAAAGGUUGGAGAACCCCCCGGGGGACAACGAUCCGUUGCAUUGGGACCAUGCGUUGAUAUUGACUGGACUAGAUCUGUAUGUUGUAAACAAGAAUGGGAAAGUCAGCAGUCAAGUUGUUGGACUUGCUCCAGUAGCUGGCAUGUGUACAGUGACAAGCAGUUGCACAGUCAACGAAGGAAGGCACUUUGAAAGUGUAUAUGUUGUGGCACACGAAAUUGGACAUAACUUAGGUAUGAGACACGACGGUCCUCUGGCUGACAAUGGGUGUGACCCAAGCGCGUAUAUAAUGAGCCCGACGUUGGGCAGUGGGAAAAUAACGUGGUCGCAGUGUAGCAAGAAUUAUCUAGAGAAAUUUCUUGAUUCCUCUCAAUCCAGAUGUCUGUUAGACCAUGGCAAUUCAGCUGGACAACUGGAUCACAGCGCUGAAGGUAUUCUACCAGGGGAACGAUUUGAUGCAGAUCAACAAUGCAUGUUAAAAUAUGGUCGGGGCAGCCGUCACUCGGGGUCACAGAAUUUGGAGGACAUUUGUCGUGAUCUGCACUGUCAAAGGGAAAGAUAUACCUGGACUUCACACCCAGCUCUUGAGGGAACCAAGUGUGGUGAGGAUAUGUAUUGCCGUGGUGGAGAGUGCGUGGAACGCUGGAGUGGAGUAGCGCAUAAAGAUGGCCGCUGGGGUCGCUGGUCCCACUGGUCAGACUGCGCAUCUGCCUGUCUGUUAGACGAUGCGCAUGCGCCGGCAGCGAGCGGUGUAGCUAUUGCUACUCGUCGCUGUAAUAGGGGCAGAAAUGAAAAUGGUAAAAGCUACUGCGCAGGACACGAUAAGAAAUAUCAAUCCUGUAACGCGCAUCAAUGCAACAACGUCCCCCGAAUGACAGUCCGCGAAUUUACCGAUCAAAUAUGCUCCAGAGCUCGCGAAGUGGACCCAGACUUGAUUGGAACUGGUCUCCAAAGACUGGAUGCUGAUGACGUCAGCAGCGCGUGCGCAGUUUGGUGCGACACGAGAGGCGGUGGAUACAAAUCGCGUGGCUGGACCCUUCCAGAUGGCACGUCAUGUUCAAGAAUGUCUCCAAUGUUUUGUAUAUCUGGAGUUUGUAAAAAAUUUACCUGCGGUUCUGGUUCUGAUACGGAGUUUUCCCUGAAACCUUCGGACUGUGAGUGGGAAAAUCUACAGCUGCAAACCGCGACACCACAUACCGUAUCUACAAAAACGUCUGGUACUUGGCGAAGGGCAGUCGGUUCCCAAUGGCGUGCAAAAAGCGGGUGUCACUAUCGCUGCAUCGCUGGUGGUACAGGGCUGCGUUUAGUACAAUCGGCGACAACACAUCGCGACAACAUACAGCUCUGCCAGCCUGACAUCGCAAGGCCUAUGUCGGGUUGCAGUCAACGCAUGAGUGCAUACCAAUAUGCGACGAUGGUGUGCAGUAAAUAUAAGGAGAGAGUAAGAAGACUUUCCGGCUUGGGUAUGCAAAUAUCACCAGCCUUAGAAGACCCAGAUAGGCCCUGUCGUAUCGCGUGUCAAGAUGAACGCGUCAGUCAUCGAUUCUACUUGGUAAACGGACAUGAGGGCUGGUUUCCACUGGGUACCUCUUGUGGCAAGAAUAACGCGUCUUAUUGCGUCAGUGGCAAGUGCUUGGAAUUCGGACCGGACAACACCCCUUUAUCAGAAUCAGUCUUCACGCUGCCAUUAUUAGGUCGUAACAGCACGCGUCGCUCUUCGCGGCACAAGCGCAGCGUUCACAGAGACAGAAUCACUGUUAAAGCAACACUCGACAGGAAACAAAUUGAGAAUAUUAUUGCUAGACUGAACUUUACCAACAAAGUAAACGAACAUCUGUCAUACAUGGACGAAAUACCAGACAAAAUUGAGUUGGAUUUCAGUAACCCCAUACAUAUUGCACCGGAGCAGACUUUACUUAACAAAGUUCAUCGACCGACGUGGGAUUAA